AUGUGCGAGCAGACACGAUGGAAAGCUGAGCAGCUUCAUCGUUCGUUUCCACAUGUGAAGCACAUCUUCUCCGAUAUGAAGGAUUUGGCCUGUGGUCGUGCCUACGACUAUAUCACCCAAGCAUCUGCGGACGUGGAGAGCGCAACUAGGCUGCUUAUCUGCUGGUGCCCGGCUCACCUUUUAGCUGCUGCUCUGAUUGUGUGGACCCGGCCUAAGGUGGAUGGCAUCCUCGCAGGAUACCCAUGCAAGUCCCUCUCCUUGCAGAACAAUGAGGCCAAGUCAUUUACGGACAAGAGCUCCAGCACGGGAGCUGGAUUUUGUGCACUUCUGAAGUAUGUAGAUCGCCACCUGAGCACCUUGCAGUGGAUCAUCACAGAGAAUGUGGCAGAGAUGUCAAACCAACGGAAGAAGUUCAAGGAUGAAGUGCCCAUCAAAAUCCAAACCGAUGCUUUUGCAAAACGAGGUUUCCUUGGAUGGAGUUGGGUGUUGGAUGCCCAGUCCUACGGCUUGCCCCAAAGCCGCAGGCGGACUUGGGCAGUUUACAUCCGUGAGAACUUAGUGAGGACGGCCCGAGUUUCUUUGAUGUUCGCUGUUGUCCGAUGCAGCCCUUGUUCGUUGGAUGUUGCUUGUCGCUGUGCACAGGAGCCAGGAUGGACCAUUGGGGGUCAUGGACCGACUUCGCUCCCCGGCCGUGUCUGGAUGUAUGAAUAA